GUACCGUUGAAUUUUCUUUCAGUUUAAGUCACCUAUUUUCUAUGUGAUUGUAGCCUUCAAGCAACCAUGAAAAAUACCUUAGGAGUUAUCAGUCAGUAAAAUGGGUCUUUUACGGAAAAGACUACGUUGCACGAUUUGAUGUGAUUCUAUGUUUUUAUGUAAUUUAAUAUCUUUUACUGGUUACUCUGUAUAUAAAUAAAAGGGUAAUGACAUACGAAAUAUUUAUAGUUGACACCUGUUGUUUGUCUGCUAAAAUUUAAAGGAAUCCAAACACUACUUUCUACCUGGUAAAGGUUGGUUAUGUAGGGUAAAUAAUAGGGGUUUUCUCGGUUUCAAUUUUAAAUAAAGACAAACUAUAGUGCGAAAUCAUUCUCUGAAAGUAUGAGCCAAUAAACCUUACUCACAAGUCAUAGGUACUUAUUGGUUACUCCGUCCAUAAGAUGUUAUACUAUCAGGUUCAGGCUUGUUACAGAACGUAGUACUGUACUGCGUACUUCUUUACCUCAGUCCUCUUAAGGAUAAUAUUUAUGUCAAUAACAAACAAAUUUUGAUGAAACCCAGUUAUUCUCGAAGUUUGUGAGUGCUUUUAAACUUAUUCACGCUACAGAUAUGUUUCCAGUCUAGUUUUAUAUCUAAAUGGGUUCAGUAACCCACUGACAAUGGCUAUGAGGCAAUUUGCCAUUGGCCAUACCAAGUUACAGUAUAUAGAAAUCUGCUGAAAAAUUUCCAGUAAAAUGCCUUACUUAGUUUAGGCGGUUUUCAGUGAAGCUGUAAUUUAAGGACGACCUUUGAGCGACGCCAGAUUGACCUUGGGUGUCCACCUAAUAACCAGGACCAAAUUAGGGUUAUAAACCUGUGUAAAAAAUUGGAAUUAUGAUUUGCAGUUGAUGAUUAGCGUUAAAAAUUAGAUUUAGGGCUUUCACCGCAAACUGACAUCAGUUAUAAUGCCAAAACUCCGUUUAUCCGAAUGAAUAAGUGGAUUUCACGCAACAAUCCAAGACCUAUUAUCUUAUACGUGAUUAGUUCGUCCUUAAAUUAUAGUCUCUCCGAAAAAAUUCCCAUUAGACUUCUUAUACAAAUAUUUGUCAGUUUCACGUCCUUAGUUUUUUCUCAAACACUAGUGGCUUGUUAUUUUUCACCACGACUUUUCGAUGUUGCAGAUAUUUGCGUUUUAAUCUAAGAAUAAUGAUAAUUUUUGCCAAUACCUCAACUUGUAUUUUUGUUUCCCGUUAGAUAACGUGUCCUUAUGGAGAACCCUGUUUUUGAUGAUCCUAGUAAUGAAGCCAAAUAUUGGCGACAAAAGGCUGAAGAGUACCGUAGCGGUAUGGAGGAAGCGCGAGAGGAGCUGGAAGACUUCCAGAUUAGUUCACGAGAAUUGGAACUAGAGCUUGAAACUCAAUUGGAACAAUUAGAAAAGCGCAAUUCAGAGCUAGUUGUAUUGUGCGAAAAGCUAACUGUCGAAAAAGAUACUUACCGUCAUAAGGCGGAAAAUAGUCAAGAAUAUGUUAACCACGAAAUAACUAGACUUCAAGAUGAAUUAGAGAAGUCGAAGUUAGAUCGAGAGAAAAUGCACAAAUAUAUCCGGGAACUGGAACAGUUAAAUGACGACUUAGAACGUUCUAAAAGAGCGACAGUUGUUACAUUAGAAGAUUUUGAAUCCCGCCUAAACCAGGCUAUUGAGAGAAAUGCAUUUUUGGAGAACGAAUUAGACGAAAAGGAGGAUCUAAUGGUAACUGUCCAGCGACUUAAAGAUGAAACUAGAGACCUCCACCAAGAAUUGGCUAUAACUCGCCGUCAACCUGAAUCGGGCACUCCACCAGAAGUAUGUAAUGGAGGCAAUACCAUUCCUACCAAAAGUUUUAAUAAAAUCGAUACAAUAGAUUCUAUGGUACAGACAGAAAACAGUUGCUUUUUUAAUUCAAUACUUACUCCGUCUGUCAGAUUAUCUGCUUUAAAUAUGGUGAAUAAUGCUUUACAAAGAAUAGGACAAUUAGAAAUGAAAUUAUCCAUAUUGUAUAAGACAUACGGUCAUCCUCCACUUUCUGCACCAGUAUAUAAUGGUAAUAGUGGCAGUAAUAACGGUAAUAUACACUCUCCAUCAUCUGAUUUCGAAUUGAAAAGAUACAAUUUAAAGUCACCACAAAGAUUAUCUAAUCCAUGUUGGACAAAUGGUCCUAUUAAAUUGGAUCCUCUUCCAACUGCUGAAAAAUCAUCUCGGGAAAAUUCUAUACAUUUUGUUCAUUGA